AGACAGAGAAUGUUCCGGCUUCCUGUUGCGUCUGCACUCUCUGCCGGCCUGCGGAGCCAGAGCGCUGCCCGCACCUUUGCUGCCCUUUCUGGCGCUGGUGCUGCGGCUGAGACGCUCUCGCGCAAGGAGCAGAACGAGGUGCUGAAGAAGGCGCUCGACGAGCACAAGGCGACGGUGGCGGAGCUCGAGGUCGCCCACGACGAGGAGACGACCAAGGCCCUUGGCGAGCUGGACGCCUUCAUCCUGGGUGAUGUGGAGGGCGGUAAGCUGCCGGACCCUGAGGCGUACGUGGCGCCCGACUUUGGCAAGGCCCAGGGCCGCGAGCUGUUGGCCAAGGUGCUCGAGCGGUCGCGCGAGGUCGACUGGAACGGCAUGGCCGAGGGCCUUGACGCCAACUCGCGCGAGGAGCUCGCUCGCUUCCGCUCGAUUGUGGCCGACAUGGAGAAGGAGAUGACCCGUGUGUACAACGAGUACGAGUACUCGAUCGACUUUGAGGAGUGGAAGACCAAGAUCGACCCGCAGCUUGUGUCGGACGUCCAGAAGAUCGUCUCCGGCCUCAAGGUCCCGUCGUUCGAGUCGCUCGCUGCCCAGGCCGACGACGCUCUCGCCGAUCUCGAUGCCCAGCUCAACGCCAUCAACAAGGAGGCCACCGCCACUCUCAAGGAUGCCGAGGUCCGCUACGCCCAGCUCGCCGCCGAGCGCGAGGGCCUGCGCGACAUGGCCCGCGACUCGGUCUUUGGCACCACCGUCGAUGAUGUCCUCGACAAGAACCCGCUCAUGGCCGACGAGAUCAAGGCCAACAUCGAGGCCGACAAGUGGGACACCCCGACCCAGUGGGACAACGCCGAGGCUGCCUCCAAGUCGCUCCAGAAGUGA